UUCUGCACAUUUCUCCGUCUCAAAAAUGGUGCUGUACAAUUUCUGGAUUAUGGAUUUUUCGGUAAGCGCAUUGAUUUUUUUCAGCGCGAUAUACGGCGAAAGGAUGCGGCGAAAUGGACAAUGGACGAGCGUCCCCAAGAACGAAAUAGAAGAUUGCCGCGAGAACUCCGCAUCUCUUGAAGACGAAGGAAAAGGAGUGGAGUUGAGGCUACCGCAGUAUUUGCUCUUUACUUUUACGUAUUUUGCAGCCAUGGGUCUAACUGUGGUCAUUCUCCAAUACUAUCCGUCUGUGAUGAUCAUUUUACAACAUGUCGCCGUCGUUAGUUUUAUUAUGAUCGCAUUCGCUCAGUGGUUACCAUUGAGGACCGGUUAUUUACUUGGCAUUUUAUUUGGUGGAAUCUGGUUAUUAUCAGUGGAGACCCAGUUUCGAUGGAUCAUCAACAAUGUCAUCAUCGCGAUGUUUGCCUUCUUGGCCAGCCACGUCCAGUUCAGAAACUUUGCCUUUUUGCAGAUUUUUUUGUGGACUGCCCUUGUCUACGACGUUUGCCUGCUCGCACGCAUGAACGAAACUCCACAGUUCCUGAGCAUCGGAGAAUGUGGCAAUCUUCUCUGCCAGUUAUUCGAAAUGAACAGCGCGUGGGAGCUUCCCUCAGUGUUCACAGUGCGAUUUGGAGAGAAUCAAACACACGUUUUUCUUGGAACAGGAGAUAUAAUUAUUGGUGCUAUUGUCGCAAACUUUGCCAUGUCCUUUUUCAAGUCCUCCAGAUGUCUCAUUGGAGUGGUAGGAAGUUAUUCAACAGCGAUCGGCUUUCUAAGUCGAGUGGAUACCAACAAGCCAUACCCGGCUCUCAUCUCCAUCGUCCCUGUAUGCUCACUUUCUUUGGUGUGUUGCGCCAUUGUGUGUAGGAAAACAAAACGGCUGUUUUCCUUGUCGAACAAAGAAAGCUCUGAAUUUUCCUCUGACGACGUUCUGUUGAUUUAGAAUGAAACUUUUUACGGUGGAAAGUAGAAUUGAUGUUUCUGUUAUUGUUACAGCUGAGUUCCAUUUACCGUACGCGUAUCUCGAUUACCCGGCCGUGACGAAAAUGGAUCAUGGUACAAGAUUAGGCACUGUGAAGCUCCAACACAAGUACAAAUCUGUUCUAAGCGACACUCAAUUGGUCUUAUAUCAUUU